AUGGCCACUUCUUCUCCGCCGGCCUCACCAUCGCCAGCGCAUAAGCUUCAGCGUCCCCUGAGCGCGAUUGCUACUCGUCCUCAACCAAGGAGCACCAGUCGGUUGAGUAUGAACAGCAAGCAGGGCGGCGAGAGCAGAGCCUCUGACGAGGACAAUCGGACGGCUGUCCGUGUUGCUGUCCGAGUCCGACCGGCGUUGAAUCCGGAAGAUCCUGGAUAUGACUUGAUUCCACAGCGCUUCCAGCGCCCCAUGGUGCACGUCACGUCCAACACGAGCCUUACCAUCGACUCUCCCCAGGGCCGCAAGCUCUUCGUAUUCGAUCGCGUCUUUGGCCCCGAGGUUAUGCAAGAUGGUAUUUGGGACUACCUGAGCGACAGCAUUAACGCCUUCACUCAGGGGUACAAUGUCUCUCUUCUCGCCUACGGCCAGUCUGGAGCUGGCAAAUCAUACACCAUGGGAACUUCAAGUCCUAGCGCACAGCAGAAUCCAGAUGAUAUGGGUGUCAUUCCCCGAGCCGCAGCCGCCUUGUUUGAGAAGCUGGACGUGCAGAGAGGUGGAGGAAGUAACGGCACGAUGAGGAGCGCCAGCAGCUUUAGGAGCCCUCGUGCGUUUGGCCAGAACAAUCUGGGCGACCGGAACUGGGCGAUGACGGCGACCUAUGUGGAAAUUUACAACGAGACGCUGCGAGACCUUUUGGUCGACGACUCAACUCCGAUGCAUGAUCGAACUUCGGUGGCCAUCCGAGAGGACGUCAAGGGCAACAUCAUCCUCACCGGCCUGCACCAAGUCGACAUUACGUGCGUCGACGACCUGCUCAACGCCCUCGAGUUCGGUUCCUCCAUUCGUCAGACCGAUGCUACUGCCAUCAACGCCAAAUCAUCCCGCUCCCACGCCGUCUUCUCCCUAAACUUGGUCCAGCGCAAGAACAAGUACUCAAAUUCCGACAAGCGCCAUUCGAUGCCGCUGGAAGCCAUGAGUGGCCAGGACAUCUCCGUGACGACCGACAGCAAGCUACACUUUGUCGAUUUGGCCGGAAGCGAGAGACUGAAAAACACGGGUGCACAGGGUGAGCGCGCAAAGGAAGGAAUAUCCAUCAAUGCCGGACUGGCUGCGCUGGGCAAGGUCAUCAGCCAGCUGUCGUCGCGAAACGCUGGCGCGCACGUCUCCUACCGUGACUCCAAGCUCACGCGACUCUUGCAGGAUUCGCUGGGUGGUAAUGCCAUCACCUACAUGAUUGCCUGUGUCACGCCGCCGGAGUUUCAUCUCAGCGAGACGCUCAACACCGUUCAGUAUGCCCAGCGCGCCCGCGCCAUUCAGUCCAAACCCCGCAUCCAGCAGGUCGAAGAGGGCGAUAAGUCGGCCAUCAUCGAACGACUCAAGGCCGAGGUUGCCUUCUUGCGCGAACAGAUCCGCAGUGCCAACGGACAAGUUGAUCUUCGCCCUCGCAGCGCCAACAGAUCCAGAGAGAGAUCAGAGAGACAGAACGAGCGCGAGGUGGAACUUCAAAACCAGCUGCUUGAUGCCCAGGAAAACUACAACACCCUAAGCCAGCGCCAUGCCCAUCUGAUUGCGGAAAUGGCAAAGGCCCAGGAGAGCGAGUCUCAGCACCACCGCCAAUUGGACGAGCUGCAGGGUGAAAAUGCUACGGAUCGGCUCAAUCGCUCCAACUCGUUUGCCAAGGCCGUCGAACAGGUUGUGCUCGAGUAUGAAAAGACUAUCCAGACGCUCGAGCAGUCCCUGUCAAGCACUCGAACUACCUUAUCAAACACGGAGACCAACCUUCUCGAGAAGGAAACGAAGCUGGCAUAUAUCGAGACCAUCAACUCCCAGCUGCAGUCUCGUAUCCAGAAGCUAACCGACCGCGAGGCUAGCACGGAAAGCUACCUCCACGACUUGGAGGCUAAGCUGGAUGGCCACACCAGCGGCGAGGAGAAGAACUCGGCCAUCAUUGUUGAGCUGCGCAAAGAAAUUUCCCGCAUACGCGAGAACGAGGCCGCAAGCGAGGAUUAUAUUUCAACUCUGGAAGAGAGACUCGCCGAGGCCGAUCAAGAUGCGGAGCUGAUGCAGCGAGAAAUUGAGCGGCUCGAGCAGGUCAUAGAGAGGCAACGAAGCCUGGGCAAGCUGGAUGCCUUGCUGCACGAGCUUGAUCAUGUGGACGAGUCCAAAGUACGCAACUCGGAUACUGCGGCGAGCGAGGAGUCCAAAGACGGCCAGGGCCAAGGCUCUUCUCGAGGCAACGCCCAAGAGAACGGAGACGAAGAUGCGAAGUCGAAACUUGCACCCGUGGUGGAGAAAGAUGAAGACGCCGCCAAUAACGCGGGAGCCGAUUUGGUUGCGGACGAGUCUGUCAACGACGAAGCAGCGAAAAGCCAGGCCUCUGCGCAGACCAAGUUUGUGUCGGAUAAGCUGGAGCUGGUGACCCGGGAGCUCUUCGCCCUUCGAACCGAACACGAAACGACUGUCAACGACUAUGGCAGACUGCACGCCAAGUAUGAAGAGGCGAUGCGGAAGCUAUCCGAGCUUCAGGACACCAUCGAUGAGGCGCGCUACCCUGACCGCGUCCGCCAGUCCAUCAUUUCUGUUGAUGCAGCGACCGAGACUAGGCCCGAAUCUUUCCAGUCUGUCCAAACCGGCUCCGCUAAGGAUGACAUCCGAUCUUCGGUCCCCCAGUCUCUAUCCUCGGAGCUUUCUUCGGUCAUGGACUCGCCCGUCACAGCGGAAACCACCCAUCUCGACCUGGAGUCGGAAGACGACACUGCCACAGCUAAGCCUGCAGCAUCAGUCGAGGAUCUCACUAGGGAAUUGAAGGGGCACAUGGAGCUGCAGGACAACCAGCACGAGCAGGAUGAGCCGAAGGAGGCUGAGACUGAGCAUGUUGAGCAGGUUGAACAGAUGGCCACACCGCAGCCCCCCGAGCAACAUGCGCAGAUGGAGCUGAAGGAGCCUGCCGAAUUCGUUGAUGUUGAGUCUGUUGGUGAGGCCGAGCAUGUCGACUAUGUUGUGCCAGCUGAGCUUGACGAGCAACAACAAUCACGACCGCAGCUGGCCGGCCACACGGAGCAAAACGAACAGCUCGCCGUGGAGCUCGAGAGACUAAGAAUCCUGGCUGAAGAGAAAGAACAAGCCGAGAGGGAAUUGGCUCUGAAGUAUGCCCAGCUUGAGCUGAAGCACAAUGAGGCCCUGGAUAUGGUUGAAGAACUCAAGACUGAAGUCACCAAAGCCCGGACUGUCGACAGCGGCCCCCGUGUCAUCCGCCGAAAGUCAAGCCAGAAUCUUCUUGGUGUUGAUCGUGCGCAGCGGUCAUUCGUCUCCUUGAGAAACCUUGCCGCUGAGAACUUCGAAGGCAAGCCUGAGACGAUGCAGACAUUUGAACUGAACCUCAACUCAGCCAUGCAUGAGCUUCAGUCUCGCAGCGAACGGAUUCAAGAGCUGGAAUCCGACAUUGCUGCAGCCAAGAAGGAGAUGGAAAGCAAGAUGGCCAUCAUCUCGGGUCUUGCGCGUGAGCGAUCUAGCUUGAAGGCUUCUCCUGUUGACAUGUCAAUGGUUGCCGCCCUGCGAGGCCAGCUGGAGCAGAGUGAGAGGCAGCUGCUCGACCUUCGGGAGGCGCAUGCUGCUCGUGAGCGAGAGUUGACAAGCGAGGUGGAGGUCCUCCGGAAAUCUGUGGCAUCGACCCCUACUAGAGAGCUCAUGGCAAGUGAGGAGGAGGAGGCUGCUGUACCAUACAACGAGAGAGUAUCGACACUGCAGGCUGAGCUGGCGGGAUGGGAGAACAAGCACCACGUUGCCCUGGUCUCUAUGCGAACCACUGAGAAGGAGAUGCAAGCGACCAUCCAGCAAUUGGAAGCUCAGCUCGAGGCUGCCAAUGCCCAACUUGCCGAGUCCCAUUCUCGAGCUGCUGCCGAGAUCGAUGUCGAUGAGGCUAGAAAAGAAAUCAUCAGGCAGCAGGAGCUCAUUGACUUUCUGCGUGCAGAAAUCGACGAAUACAAGGCCGUCAUUAGCAGCAACAAUGCCAAGGUGGCAGAACUUGAGUCUCUCCACCGUUCCGCCCGAGCAGCAAUGGACGACAUGUCCAAGAUUCAUAGCUCUGUCACGGCCGAGACGACCGCUCGCCACCAAGAGCUUUCCGCCAAGCUGGAGGAGCUGAUUGCGAGCCACGAAGAUGCCACAAAGGCGCACCAAGAGGAGAUGGAGGCACUUAAGCAGGCGCACGCUCGGGAGCUUGCGGAAUUAAAGAACCAUGAACAGACUAGCUACGAGGAGCAGGUGGAGGUGCUCAUGACCGAGCAUUCGGAAGCUAUCUUGAGGCUGGAGUCAGAGCUUGCUCAAUCGAGGGAUGAAUUGACGAGGGUUGCGACUCAAAUCGCAGCCGCUUUCGGCGCAGAGAUUCCCCUGGAAAAGCUGGGCGAGCGCAUUGAGUCUCUCAUCGCCAGCCAGAAGGCAUUCGAGUCUGAGCACCGGAAGGUGGGCGAGCUCACGGCUCAUGUGACGGAACUCUCGGAAAUCAACGACUCGCUAGUACGGGAUCUCGAGGGAGUCCAGAAAGCGAUUGCGAAUAUGCUCCCUGGCAACGCAGACGCCCAGUCCGGUUCCCUCACGGACCAGCUCGCCGUUGUCAAGGCCAAGGUGGACGACCUCGAUGGCCGCAACAAGAAGAACUCCCGUCUCAUCGAGGAGCUCGAAGAGCAGCUGCAGCACAACUUUGACGAGGUUCAGGUCACCAACAACCGCUUAAGCUCGCUGCAGUCCGAGCGUAAUGCUCAGCUUGAUGAGGCACUGUCCUCAAGACUCAAGCUCCAAUCCGAGCUGGAAGCCGUCCGCGAGGAGUAUGCCGCUCUUCAGGUCAAGUUCAACGAAAUGGCGAACAGCGACGUCAAGCGCUCCAACUCCAACUCGACCAUUCGCAAGAGCUCUUCGCACAACUCUCUGCCAUCGCCUCCUCCCUCCGUUCCUCUCCCCCCUCUGCCCUAUGGUGGACCCAGCUCUCCCACAUCAACGCGGCCCCCCAGCAAGGAUAACUUUAACCUUGCUCAGAUCUCCGAGGACCAAGAAGCUCGCAUCCGUAGUAUCGAGAAGCACCUCAGCGCUGAGCGUCAGCUGACGCAGACACUGGAAGAGGCGUUGAGCGAUCUGGAGAAGCAGUCCAAGAAGGUCAAGGCAGACUGCGAUGCUUGGAAGAAGCGCGCCCAGGAGCUCGAAGCCGAGGUCAAGGAGCUCAAGGAGCGACCGGUCGACCAAUCGCAGGACAACCGAUGGAGCAUGCAGGCGGUGGAAGAGGAGCGAAAGAAGCGGCAGGCGGCAGAGGCUGCUCGCAAGCAGCUGGAAGAGAGGAUGCAGGCCAUCAGCAAGAACAAGAAGAAGAAGGGCAGCUUGAACUGCUUCUAA